AUGAAGCCCAACAAACAGGGUAUUUAUGGCUUCGUCAAGAACCGCGAUGUGCAGCCACUGCUCAAGUCGGAACUUCGAGGCCUUGCUAGCAUCCAAGACCGCCUUGCUGAAGCCACAGUGGUAGCAUUCGAUAUAGAAGGAGUUCACCAGCGUGGUUCAGAGGCGAGUGAGCUUGGAGUCGCGGUACUACGACCUAGUUCAAAGCCACUUCGCUUCUUCUCGUCUAUGUAUCACUUCUACAAUCAGAACGAGAUCGAGGCAUUUACCAUUCGCAUUCAAGAACGGCGAUACGGGCCUGUUGUUGGGACCAUGACCGACGAGACUAAGGAGACUGCUGGCGCAAGACUGUACAAGUUCUUGUCCUCCUUCCCAGGCGAACUUAUAUUGGUUGGUUUUGGCAUGCAGAGGGAAUUCAAAUGGAUCAGCGAUGAGUAUCCGGCCAUCGCAGCACUGUUCACUUUUUGGUGCGAUGUACAAGAGCUUGUCAGCGAUUCCUACCAGAGCAUAAUCGCCGAACCCGACAAAUUACUUCCUCGAUAUCGUCAGCCCAGUCUAGAUCGAGUCAUGAAAGCUCUGAAAAUAAUUGGAUGGCGCUCCAGGCAUCAGAAACAUGGGGCCGCUGCCGAUGCCGUCAAAUUUCUGGCUGUUCUUUCCGCACUCUUUUCUGGAAGGGUUUUGCAUGACCUACCCAAACCAAGCAUUGGCCGCGUAUCACGUCUCCCACACAAGAAGUAUGAUGAAUAUAGUGGGAAACGAAACGCGCGUAUUACCGCGUGGGAUGGAAGUAAACUGCCUUUGCAAACACCAAACGGUUUAGCGGAUUUCUGCGCUCCCCAUGAUGGGUUACUUGCUGUGGGUCUCGAUGCAAUUGAUGUAAACUUGGCAAGAGACAGAAAAAUGAUAUGGUGGGUAUCGUUUCUAACACAAGACGCGCUCGACGAGUUCAUUGCCAAAGUGCAUGGGUCGCUUUACGAGGGAGUGAAACUGUUCGUUACACCAAUGGCUCCACCAAACAAGUAUCUAGCCGCCAAAAGGUCGAAUGAAAUGCCUUGGAAACAGCCGAGAACCGUCAGUAGGUACGAUGGCGAUGAUCUGAUAGCAGCUUUCGAGUAA